AUGGCCGAGCUCAACGCGCCCGGUGAGACGUCGGGCGCAAAGUCCAGCAGGAGCCGCGUCGUCGGCUCGGUGAGCGGGAAGGCCCAGGAGGUCCUUAAGGAGGACUACGACAAGGCCAGGGCCGUCGCCCUUGAUGCCCUCAAGAGCCGGGCUUACCUCUACCCCGUCAAGGGCAUCAUCUACUUCUUCACCCACCGCUCCCUCUGGAAGCCCUUCGUUUCCCGCAUCGGGCCUUACCUCUCCCUCUCCGCCGCCGUCAUCGGCGGAAUGUUUGCCUUUACCUAUCUGCCCCAGCUCGCCGUCCUCGUCUUUGUCAACGGGCCCCUCGCCGUCGUCACCACCGUCCUCCUGGUCCUCAACGAGAGCUCCACCAUUGUCAACAUCAUCUCCCGCAACUGGAUCCUCCAGGAUGCCAUCCUCGACACUUUCGACGGCACCCUUGUCGCCAGAAACGCCACAAACGUGGUCCGCGAGGGCCGUGAGAUCAAGUCGGGAUCCGAGCCCAUGCAGAGGCUGGGCAAGAUCCUCAAGAGCCCCUUUGAGCGCUUCAGCCCAAAGGCCCUCGUCCGAUACGUCAUGUAUCUUCCCUUGAACUUUAUCCCCGUCGUCGGCACGGCCAUCUUCAUCUUCCUGCAAGGGCGCAAUCGUGGCCGACUGGUUCACGACCGGUACUUCCAACUCAAGAAGUGGUCGAGGUUUCAACGAUCGGAGUGGCUUGGCAAGCACAUUGGCCCCUACACAGCGUUUGGGCUCGUUGCCACCUUGCUCGAGAUGGUCCCGCUGGCCUCGUUCUUCUUCACCUUCACAAACACAGUUGGGGCGGCGCUCUGGGCUGCCGACAUCGAGGCGCUCGACACGUCCAUGACUGAUGACACUGCCCCGACGUUGAGAGAGGCGGCGAAGAAGGUUGAAUCACAGAAGCAGGAUGUUGAGAGCCAGCUGUCGCUCGUCGAGCGCGCCAGGCGAACCGGCCGUUAA